AACCUCUGCUCCUCUACGCUCUGUUCACGGACAGCAGCUCAUGAUCACAUCUCUAGGGCGCGUGUCAGUCCAGCAUUUACCUUCCUGCUCUCAUGUUCUGAGUCCGGUCCGCUGGGAGACACUCCACCAUGUCCACCGGCUCCCUCAGCGAUGUCGACGACGAGCUCCUGGACGGCAUCCUGAAGUUCGGCUCCUCGGGCAAAGACUCCAACGAGAGCACAGAGGAGAGCUCCAACUGCGAGGGCACGUGUGCCAACGAAACGCCGGGCAAGAAGAGGAAGACAGCGUCCCGUAAAACUGCACCGAAAGGUGUGGCGCUCCAGGAGGGCAAGCACGUGCAGAGGAACGCGGCUAACGCCAGGGAGAGAGCAAGGAUGCGCGUGCUGUCCAAAGCGUUCUCCCGGCUGAAGACGUCACUGCCCUGGGUGCCUCCGGACACCAAGCUGUCCAAACUGGACACGCUGCGCCUCGCGUCCAGCUACAUCGCUCACCUCCGGCAGAUACUGGCCAACGACAAGUACGAGAACGGAUUUAUCCACCCCGUCAACCUGACGUGGCCUUUCAUGGUUGCAGGGAAGCCGGACACCGAUCUAAAGGAGAUGCUAAACUCGACAAGGUUAUGUGGAACAACAGCGUCAUGACGAAAUUUUAUGGACCAAUGAUUUUCAAAAUAAGAUAGGACUGAAAUGCUCGUUUCAUCUCUGCAGAUUUUGAGUGGGAAUAGUGGGAGAGUUUCCUCCAUCGUUCCCGUAUAAAGACAAUUUUAUUUAAUAGCUUUCAGUCAUAAAAUGCUGUCUUUGCUGGUUCAAAGAUAAAUUGCGUGCUUUUAUAUUUGCAUUUUUUUUAUAUUCAGCAGAUGCAAUUUUUUUUUACAUGUGCAGACCUGUUUUGCGGUUGCAUUUUGAUGGAGGUCUACUGUUGUACAGAUUAUGUGUACAUAAAAUAUAUUUGUAUCACUUUUUAA